UGCGCGCGCAGUCCUCAAAGCUCGCCGGCUGUCACGCGCAUGCAGCACGCUCGCCGACAGCCACACCGGAGCCGACGGCAUCGCCAACGCCCUUCGCUCGGACCCGCACCUGCUGGAUCGGGUGCUCUCCGAAGGAGGCUCUGAGCUGCGGCGCCGAGUCCUUGCAACCAGGCUCCUCGCUCCCACUCCACCUGCCCUGGCCUAUUCUUGCUCUGCUGGCUGACCGCCACGCUCACACCUGAUCUGCACGCACAGCCUGCGGACGACUACGGGAGACGAGCUGCUCAAAGUCAUCGACGCCUUUGCGAGCGCCGACCUCGACUCGGACGGCAAACUAUCGUCCGCCGAAUUCCAUUCGUGGUACACGCGUUCGCUCCGGCGGCACGGCCAUUCCCUCUCCGACCCCGACCUCAUCUACAAGCUGCGGCGAGUCGAUGCUGCCGUGGCAGACGGGUCCGGUCAGCGAGUUGUGUGGACUGAGCGAGCGGCAGCGCCAGAGGGCGCGACGGAGGCGCGCCUCGAGUGGCACGCGGCAUCGCCGUCGGCCGCGGCGGCGCGCGAUGAUGCGGCCGAGCCGCCAACCACCGCCCAGCUUCGAAAGCUCGGCUUGGGCGCCGCAAUCCCCUUUGUCGCGUUCGGCUCGCUCGGCCGCGCCGCGUGCCAGACGCAAAAACGGCGAGAGACUUUUCACAUAUGCGGUUGAUCAGGCUUCCUCGACAACUUCAUCAUGCUCGUGGCCGGCGACCAGAUCGAGGCCGCGUUUGGAGCGGCGCUGGGGCUCUCGGCGAUGGCCGCCGCAGGGCUCGGAAACCUCUGCUCGGACGUCGUCGGCCUGCAGGCAGGUGCAACCGUGGAGCGGCUGUCCGGGCGGCUAGGCCUGCCCGAGCACCACCUCUCGCCUCACCAGCUCGUGCAGCCGCCCUCGAAACGCGCGACCACCGUCGGGCAGCUCAUCGGCAUCUCGAUCGGCUGCGUGCUCGGGCUGGCGCCACUGCUCUUCAUCGGAGACGAGGAGGAGAGGUAUCUGGCCAAGAGGCUCGCCGCGCAGCGGGAGGUGGAGGCCGCGGGAGAGCUGUGCCCGAACUAGCUUCAGGAGCGAGUUCAGCCGAGCCGCCACUGUCACUUCUCUCACGACCCCCGCCGCGGGCGGGUGCAGCACGGAGGCCGGGGUCUCUCCUAUAUAGUCGCUCUCUCCGCCGCGCGCUUCCCGCGCGUUCACGUAUAUGUAUAUAUUUACACCGUCUGCUGUACACCGUAUCUUCCUAGCGCCUCUCGCAACUCGACACUCUCGAGAGCGGACGAUGGAUU